AUGAAUUAUCCGCAGAAUCGGCCUCUGCUUCAGGUAGAAAUUCAACUCUCAAGUUCAAAAAGAUCUAGAAGAUUCCGGAAAUCAUUCAUUCAGCUAAUUUUGCAGCUUCGAACCCACCAGCCGACUACGUUCAGCGCCAGCGCGAGUUUCUACUCCAAAAAUCGGUACAACAUCACUCGUGGUCGUGGUUAGUUUUGCUCAAGAAAUUUGUAGAGCGCAGGAUUUCGAAAAAUUAAGUUUCUCGAAUAAUUCAAAACUAAUAAUCAUCGAUUUAACAAUCUUUCAUGAAAAAGGGUUCAGUGUGAAGUUUGUAGAAUUUCCGAAAAAAUCCGAAGAAAAACGUUCCUUCGAACCACUGCUCAAUAGAUUCUCGAUUAUCGACACAAAUUUGAAGUCUAUUUUCAAUUUCCAACAGAAUUUCAAAUAUUUUGCUUUCCUAGUUACAUUCAGUUUGAACUGGGAUAUUAAACAAGACAAAAAUCGAUAAAUGAAACGGAGUUUUCAGGAUUUGGCGAGCGCCUUGACAACACGACGGACGAUGCUGAGAUUGACGUCAGGGACCAGGAGAACCAUGUUUCGAACCGUCAGAAGCAGGAUUAA